AUGGAUAACAAGCGGCUACCCACGGGUUCCCGCCACCAGGGACGCCAAAUCCGUCGAUACAGGGGCACUCUGAAGACCUUCCUGAAGCGUCUGCAGACCAACCCGGCCAACCAAGAAAACCUCGUUCGAGACCCACCGACCUGGAAGAGGACAGUGAAGACAGGCGGAGCGAUCUACGAGGUAAAUCGCAUCGCCGCCGCGAAAGCAAAACGAGAAGCAUGCAAAUCUCAACUGCGCCCGCCUUGCAACGUCAACGUCCAACCGCCCUCAACGCGUGCACGGUGCCAGCGGACAUUCCGGACGCCAAUUAGACUUGCUGGACACCUUCGUACCAACUGCAGCACCCGGACUGCACUAACCGUCGUCUCUCCGUCCACCUUUCCCUCUUCUCCGACGCCGCCAACUAACGUUGACCGUCCUCCCGAAUCACCCCAACCAUCCUCCCCCUCCAUUACUGCCUCAACGUCUGCCGCUGUGGCGUUUGCUAUGCUCAUCAACACUGCACACACAAUCCUGAAACACCAACAAACGCCAACACCGCCAUCGUUAACACCAUUUAAGAGGACCGGAUCUGCACCUGUCCAAAUUACGAUCCAUCUAUUCACCUCACACAUCGGUCUGGUCAGUCACUUGCGAAUCCAUCGCACAGAACCUGAAACAGCAACCCGUACCCUCCGCACCCGCUUCCACUGUCCACACUGCCCACGCACACUCAUGCAUCUCAUAGGCCUAUUCGGCCACAUGCUUAUCCAUGAGAACGGAAUUAACCGCAGCCCGGACACACCUAGCACAUCCAGCCCACCUACUAUGCCUAGCCCUACCUACAGUCCGCCGCCCAGCACGCCUACCGCCACCAUUUCCAUCACACUGAGCACAUCUGGCACACUCACCAUGGUCAGCCCAACCCACACCCUGUCGCCCAGCGCUCACCAUCGUCAGCUCCACCAUCACUGUCACCAAAACUAA